GUCACCGCCGUCCCCUCGUCCUCCUCACCUACCCACCCCACCAGAACCCUGCCAUGGCCCGCCGCGCACCCGCUGCUGUAUCCCCGUUCGGCGUCCCGCAACGUCGCGCUAUCCAGGACCCCAACGAAUCCGCGUUUUCCCGCUUUCUACGGGAGGAGAUCUUCUCGCCCGAGAAUAUCGAGGGCAACCUCAAGAUUGUCACCUCUGUUGUGGUUUUCUUCGGGGGAAUCGCGGCGAUGAGGACAUGGGGCGAGCUCAUGAUCCCGGCAUGAGCGAGACCCACUCUCCGGUGCCUUGGGAGGCGGAGGUAUGGAGGGAGUGCAGUGGGGGUUUGUUGACGUCAGACCUCUUUCCGAUGCCGGACACGCAAAAUCGUAUCAUCGCUCGUCGACCACGGCCGUUCAAUCGCCCUGUUGGGGAACUGGCAACACUGUACUCAUCGUUCACGGUCGAAUUGCACGCUAUCAUGUAUCCUAAGCCGUCAUAAUUGUCCUCUGUCAAGCCAUCACACCAUCUCAAUAUCUUGCCCUUUUGCAUCCGCCAUCCUUGGACGCUUCCCUGAAUUAGGUGACCGAUACUCAUACCAUCUCUUGUUUUUGCAAAUCGUUCUAAAGGACACCACGCAGGAUGGUGUCCGUAACAGUAUAAGAGAGGAUCAUUACAAGAAUAAGUAGGGGAGACGAACCCUUGCUUGCGAC